AUUUGUUUUUGUCUUGGUCGAGUGAUCUAAGAUGAGAUAACUGAUAUUACCAUCCCUAUAGAAAAGUGCAACCUCUCCUUUUGUAAUACUAGUGGGCCAUCUAGAUAACCUUUUAAAUGUGAACACCCUUUUAAUUAUCAGAAGAGAUUAGGCCGGUGAUUGUAUACACACAUAUUUUUUGGAUCCUUGGUGUUAGAUGCGUAUUUCAUUUUUCAGACAGGUACUUGUCAUUUGAGGGUUAUUUGAACUAUUGAGGUUUUACACACAAAUCCUGUCCUGCUGUUCAUCAACAAAGUAAAACCUAUUUGAUGAUACACAAUAUCUUUGGUUUUUUCCUUGGAAUGAAAAAAUCUUGGUGGGAUUUCACGACCUGUCUUUUCUGAUGGGCUUUUAAGGGUUUAGAAGGGGUGAAUGUUUGCAGAAAAUCUUCAUAAAUGUCAUUACAAUUGACACAAGAUUGCUAAUUUGUCCUGCCCACUACUUAUACAUCUUAAUGCAUAUAAGAAAGAAGAAUUUAUCCAAAUGUAAUCAUGCAUCGCAAAUAUUGACUUUCUCUUAAAUUACAAAGCAUUCCAAAGUGUUGUGAAUGAUGAUGGGUAAAAAUGUGUUUAAACAAUAUAAUACUACCAUUUAUCAUUGUACAUCAGUGUACUGUAUAUGUAUAUAUACAAAGCAUAUGAUUUUUUUAAUUUGAUGCAGGAUUAUUCUUUUGUUUUUGUGUUACGGCUUGCAUUUUUUUUUUACACAAUAUUGUCCAGUGUCAGAUUUAUGAGUAUUCCAGAGGGGGGACUGAAGUGUAUAUAAAGGAAAGGGGUAACAAUAAUAUACCCCAUGCCUUCCACGACACGUUAUGACCUAGAGUGGAUUAUAUACUCUUUUGUAGGUCAUUCUCAUCAUUCUGACAUAAUUCCACAAAGUAAUAUACCGGAUUUCAAAGGGGAAAAAAAGGAAAGUGGCCUUUAAUUCAAAUGUCAAGAUUUGUAUCAUUGGAUCUACAUCUGGUUUGGAUGAGUCCAGCAGUGGGAAUAAUUAGUGAUAUUUGAAUGAUAAUUUUGAAUUAAAUGUUAUGUAAGGGGUUCCUAUUUGGAUCCUUUAGAUCUCUUAUCAGAAGCUAGGGCCUGAAGUUUCCCAUGAUAUACUGGGAUUUUACCUCACAGGACUGAUAUUCAAGUAGUCCAACGCCACUUCACACAUGCUUCACACUGAAAACCCCCAGAGUGUAUGAGAUUUUAGUAUAUGUUGUUUAAAAUUGAAUUUCAUUGACUAUGUAGGACUGUAAGAGAUGAAGAUAUGAAGUAAUUUUUUUUUUCAAGUAGAGUGUAAAUUCAAUGGAAAAUAAGUUGUAAAAAAUAGGUUACAUACUCUUUUUUUUUUAUCGGUGAAAUCCUUCCAAACUUUUAGGCAUAUUAUAAUUUCUCAGAUAUAUUGCAAAUGACUAUACUAGCUGCCUGAGAUAUCUUUUUUAAAAAAAUUAAAGCUGCAUAACUGUGGACAAAAUGUGUCCAUUUUUAUUUGAGAUUAAGUAAAAUUAGUUUAGAAAAUCAUACACAAUCACGUACCGGGUCAGCAAGUCAGGAAAAGUUUUAAAACAAAAGUCGGUGUGACUCUGCUGUGAACAAGUUUAAGGACAUUUGAAUUUUAUGGAUUUGUCAUAAAAUGCAAUUUUGUUGCAAUGGAGUUUUGUGGAUAGCUACUAACAUACGAAGAGAAAUUAUACUUCCGUUGUCAAUCACCUGAUCUCAUAAUCUGUUCACAAAUAAUCAAAAAAUAACAAAAAUUAGUGUACAAUGACCAUGGUGAAAUAACAGUAUAAAAAUGAGAUUGACCAGAAGUUGUGGAAUUGAGUAUAAACAGUGGUGUUAUCAGGCCUGGCUGCUGUGAUGUAUGGUUUGUGGGCAGUAAAGUCAUUAUAUUGUCUGAUGUCCUAAUGAUGGGCAUUAGUUGGUGAGUUUUCCAGAUAACAUGGGGAUCUUGUUUCAGUGGAGGCAGUCUGAAUGUAGCCACCAUUAGCAGUGCCACAGAUUAAACAUUCUAUAAUUUAUCGCCUAUUAUCGCUCUGAUUAACCAACUGAUUAACAAGUUAAUUAUUACCCAUUUUGUAAUUUGUCACUUUCUUAUCUUCCUAGUCCCCAGGGGCAGGAUUUUAUUUCUGCGAAAGGUAGAGGUAAAUGGCAAUUUAUUUGUUUACAGGCUGUUAUUAAAUGUUGGCCAAUAUUGUUGUUCUGUGUUGUUUACAUGCCAUUUUCUUGUUCGACACUUGUAACCAGGACAAGCACUGAUUUAUGCAAAAGACAAAAUUAGCAGAAAGAUACUGGCUGCUCUGUGUAAUAUUCUGAGUUAUAACUACUGACUACAUGCAGGCUUGAAAAGAGCAUACCAGAUUUUUUAUGGGAUUUAUUCUCAUUAAAUGCACUAUAGUUUAAAAUAGGAGUGACUGCAAGGGAGGUAACUCUUCUCUCACUGAUAGACUCUUCACAUCUCGGCCUUGGAGCCAUAAUCAGAUAAUGGCCAUGUUUUAUGCAUUUUUUUUUCUAAAUUUCGUACAUGAUAAAUAUGGAUCUAUGGCCUGUGUGUAACCACAAUGACACACUAGGUAUAUUACCACUGUGAGUGCUGUCAAUAUUAGUUCAUUGAAUAUACUUGAUGUGUGAAAACUAGUUGAAAAGUAUAAUAGGUCACUGUCAUCCGUUUGGUGCGAGAAAUGCAAAUUUGCGUCUUUCAUGAUGAAAAGAUUAUCUUGUGGCAGGUCCAUUGAUGUUAGCAUUGCUCAAUGUUAUUGAUAAAUUUUAUUGAGGAGAGCUGUACCAUGAAGUUGUUUUUAUGAAAUGUUCCCUAAUAUAUUAACCUCAUUUUACAAAUUAUUUGAAUUCAAGCAAAGGGGUAUUUGGACCUCUAAAACUAUAUAGACGUUAGCAUAAAAGUUGUUCCCAAUUCUGAAUUUGGUAUGUUAUGUGUGUGAAAUUUUAUUUUCGAAUGAAUAGAUGGUAUUAUAUUUUGCGCAGGAAAAGUGCUAAGAGUUUCCCUAAUGGAUGACAUUUGAUCAGGCAAGUUCAUUUAAAAUGUAAGAAUUCAGCCUUUGUACUGCAAGAAUUCAUUUACUGUAAUUUAAGAAACCAUCAGUAAAGGGUGAGAGAAAGGUAAUCCCAGUCCUUGCUGUGUUGUGUAUACUAGUUCAUGAAAACCUUCUAUGACACAUCUAUAAAAUGACUUCCACCUACAAAAUAUUAAUGGAAACUGUUAAUUUCUGCAUUCGUUCAGCUGUAAAAACCAGUUUAAACUUUUAUGUAAUGUUUUCAAUAAGUAUAAGUUGUGUAUCGCAACCAUCAAGUUUUAUUAAACAAGAUCAUAAAAGAAAUCAGAUUUGAUUUUGGUGAAAUUAAUCAAAUUGUUAAUUGUGUUACAGGUCUGAACGAAUGAAAACACAGAAAGUUGAUUGCGUCAGUUUCCCCUCCUGUGGUGGCAAGUCAUGCCACGAGUAUACCCUCAUGCCUGAGAAUUAAGGAUACAUAACAUUAAGAAGAAAUGUAAUUCACAUACAGUUAUGUUAAAUGACCUGGAUUGUUUUCUGUUCUGUUUUUCAUUAGCACAUAUAAAACAUGACUAUAUAGUUAUAAACAACUUGAAAUUUUAUGUUUGAGAAACUAGGUCAGACAUAUUAGAAUUGGUCGCGAUGUAGAUCUAGAUGUAGGCAUUUGCAUGACAAAUUUAUGCUCAUUGAAUGCUUUUAAAUAUGCUAUAAAUCUGAAAUUACAGUUAAUAUAUCAAAGAAAUGUUUAUAUCUGAAAGCGUACAUUCCAUAUUUAUUAUCACUGUAAUACAAAUUAUACUCCAUUUAUAAUGAGAAUGUUCUGUGAAGCAGCCUGGGGUGCGACUUGACUCUUGCUAUGGUAUAGUUGGUUAGUAAUUAGAAUCCCAAAACCACCUCUGCUGUUUUGGAAAUUGCUGUGUCAUAAUCCAUGAUCAUUUUCUUCCAAGUUCAUCGGUCCCUGUGACCUCCAUCUCGUAACUUUUUGUUCAAUAAUACACGUACAUUUAUGUUCUAUAUGACAGACAGAUAACGUAGAAGUGGAAAAUAAGGGAAAUUAUGGCAAAACUAUCAAGUUUCAUUAACCUUUCUGUAAAUUUUGUACAACAAAAUGGGUUCAGAUUUCGAUAUCCUGUUUGAACAAGUUUGAAUCAACCUACCUACCAGUUUGGCCAGCAUAUGGUGUGACACCAUUUAUCAUAUAUAUACGUAAGGGGUCAUUCCUUAGGAAAGGUAAAAUAAUGAUAUUCAUCUUACAACUUAUACCCUCUUUACUAAUCCAAUAAAGGUAACCUAAUAAAACAGAGUGAUAGUCGGUCAAUGCCCCAAUAUAGUUUUAUGUGUUCUAUUCUACUGUGAUGUUGUGUUUUUCAAAGUUUACAUUGUUUUGUCAGAGACACAUCCGCUAAAGGAAUACUUCAGGAAUAUACUUCUGUGUUACAGAGACACAACCGCUAAAGGAAUACUUCUGUUACAGAGACACAUCCGCUAAACAUGAAGGAAUACUUCUGUGUUACAGAGACACAUCCGCUAAAGGAAUACUUCUGUUACAGAGACACAUUCGCUAAAGGAAUACUUUUGUUACAGAGACACAUCCGCUAAAGGAAUACUUCUGUUACAGAGACACAUCCGCUAAAGGAAUACUUCUGUUACAGAGACACAUCCGCUAAAGGAAUACUUCUGUUACAGAGACACAUCCGCUAAAGGAAUACUUCUGUUACAGAGACACAUCCGCUAAAGGAAUACUUCUGUUACAGAGACACAACUGAACCGCUAAAGGAAUACUUCUGUGUUACUUUUCCAAUUAAAAGUGAAAUCAGCAUUUUCUGAUUCGCAGAAAACUGGUGCCCUUACGAUGUGAAACUUUGUCAUUAGAGUAAUUUAAGACAAAAGGAAUGGCAGGAAGCAGUGUGUGCCUCUGUUAAAGGGCCGUCCAAUCUCUGCCAGCUAUCAAAGAGAGAAAGAGGGGUCGGCAGAUUGCCACACUUCAAUGACUGCCUCACUACCUGUGUGUGCAUAUUUUAAACAGUCUGACGAAAAAAGGCCAGCCUACCAGAUUUUUCUUGAAUGGAAUAAGACUAACCAAUUUCAAACUCUGGUGAUAGUGUGUUUCCUUUCCAUUUCUGCUGUCUUGGAAUGUUUACUGAUUACAAGCAGAUUUGUUAACAGCUUGACAGUGAGAAUACUUUGUGAAAGGGUAAGGAGAAAUUGAUUGGUCCAUGUAUCAAAUUGAGGAUUCAAUAACAGACCCAGCAGUCACUAAAGGUGUAAUGGGGAAAGACACAUAAUGUAUUUGGGAUGACUGCAGGAGUUUCUUUUGCGAUCCACUAUGCCUGCAGCAGGGAGGAUCAUUAUCCACUGUAUUCUUCUGUCUGAUCUCUUAUUGAUUCCAUCAGCUGUAGCAGUUGAAGAAAAGCCAUUCCCAUUAAAAUAUGAUUUCAGAUAUACAGAUUUUGAAGAACUAGUCACAGAUAAUACAACAUUCCAAAUCUACACCCACCCAGACAUCACGGGCUCUGUACAGGCCACUAUUGACACUGCCAGAAACCAGCUGUUAGUCGGAGCGAGGGAACGGCUUUGGCGGUUUUCUUUGAAUGAUCUGAACUUAAAGGAGAACCUGGAAUGGAAAUCGUCAGACAUGAAGAGCUGUGUUCAGAGGGGACAACUGGAGAGUGAUUGUUACAAUUUCAUCAAGAUACUACUGGUACAUCAGGAUGAUAUCUUAGUGUGUGGUACCAACGCUUUCAAUCCAUGGUGCACCUGGAGGGCUGCUGACAAUCUGGCCGAGGUUAAGGAGAAAAUUCUCAAUGCAUAUGGGUUCUGUCCCUUCAGUCCCCAUCACAACUCGACCGGGAUCAUCACGAACCAAAGGGAUUACAUCAGCGCCACAUCCGUGGACAGUGCGGAGAGAAAUCCUGUUAUCUAUAGGAUAUACACACACGACAAGGAGAAACUCAGAACGCAACAAAACUCAAAGUGGCUCAAUGAACCAGAUUUUGUAUCAGCAUAUGAAAUAGAUGAUUUUAUUUACUUCUUCUUCCGAGAAGUGGCCACUGAAUAUAUCAACUGUGGCAAAAGAAUUUAUCCAAGAGUUGCUAGAGUAUGUAAGUCUGACAAGGGAGGAGAGAUGUUGUUUAAGGAUAACUGGACUACCUACCUCAAGGCUCGACUGAAUUGUUCUAUUCCUGGUGAAUACCCCUUCUACUUCGAUGAACUACAGAGCACGUACCUGUUAGAGAACGACAACGAGACACUGUUGUAUGGCGUGUUCACCACAGCAGACAAUGCCCUUCUUGGGAGUGCAGUGUGUGUGUUCAACAUGUCCGCCUUCACAAACACUUUUAAUGGGCCAUUUAAGUUCCAGGAGAAUGCUCGGUACGCCUGGGAAAGGCACACAAACAAGGAACCCCUGUUGAAGUGUCCAGAUAGCAGUACAAUGAAAAGGUCUUUUCAAAUAACAGAGAUGGUGGAAGAUCAAAACAAGUACCAGAUGAUGGACACUGCAGUUCAACCUCACACCAAAUCACCGGUCCUUUUGGGGCCCUCAGAAAGGUGGUCCCAUGUGGUGGCCGACACAGUGGAGGGAAAGACGGGAAUCUACAAUAUGAUCUUUGUGGCCACCAGUUCAGGUGUCAUCCGAAAAAUGUUGAAUCUUCCUUCAGAAAAGGAGCCGUGUCUUGUAGAAGAAAUCAAAGUUACUCCAAAUGGAGAUCAUAAGCCAAUCAAACAACUCAGAAUCUCAAAGCAAAAUAAUGCUCUGUAUGUGUUCACUUUAAACAAUGUGAUGCGAAUUCCAUUACACCGGUGUUCCAGGUUUACCACGGAGGAUUUAUGCCUGAAUGCCAUGGACCCCUAUUGUGGUUGGGAUUCUGGAGAGAGCAAAUGUUCCCCAGCUCCAAAUGGAGACCCUACCUUAUCCUUUUGGAGACAAGCUGUGACAUCAUGUCCUGUUCAUAAACGCCCAGUUGAUGGACAGUGGUCAAACUGGUCUCCAUGGACAUCAUGCAGCCAAUCAGGAAAUGACCCAUCCUCUGGAAACUGCCGGUGUCGUUUGAGGAGCUGUGACAGUCCCCCACCUCUGUAUGGGGGCCGACCUUGUGAGGGGUCAGCUGUAGAAGUCGCUAACUGUACAAUUCAUGGUCAGUGGUCUGAAUGGACAUCUUGGUCUAAAUGCUCUACAACUUGUGGAAAUGGCCAGCAAACCAGGUCAAGGUCUUGUACAAACCCGCCCCCCAGGAAUGGUGGGGACGACUGUAAACCUCUGUCAAAGGAUGAGGAAUUCAAAGCCUCAGUACGACCAUUCUGUGUGGGCAACCCUGCCUGUCCUGAGCCACCGGUGGAUGGAGACUGGUCAGUUUGGACCCCUUGGUCUGACUGCACAGCUAAAUGUAACGGGGGAAUCCAGACUCGGCGUAGGACCUGCACAAACCCCCUCCCCCGAAGAGAUGGUCUCCCAUGUGCUGGGAACAAAAACGAAUGGCGUAUGUGCAAUAGCUACAGAUGUAAAGAUGUGGAAAGGCUAACUCAGUGGACUCCUUGGUCAAACAUUAAUCAAACUGCUAAUGGUCACUGGGAACAGAGAUACCGCUUUGCCUGCACUGCGAGUGUUCCAGACUCAAAGUUCAUCAGGACAAGCCACGUCAAAACUCGUGUCCAAUUCUGUUCGAACACGAACAGUACGUGUACCAAACCAGAUAAAUUAAGAUUAAAUUCAUCGGUGGAUGGUGGUUGGUCAAUUUGGAGCACGUGGUCACGAUGCAGUGCCGACUGUGGUACGGGACAUCAGUGGCGGGUCAGGUCAUGCGACAGUCCGGAACCAGUAGGAUUUGGACAGGGGUGUGUCGGCCUAUCUUCGGAAUUCAAAAAUUGCAACGAUGAAGAGUGUCGGGCGGAGUGGGGAGGUUGGUCUGCCUAUUCUGCAUGUUCUGUGACGUGUGGAGAAGGGGCCUGGACCCGUUUCCGGUCCUGUAUUAUCCCCUAUGCUGGCUUCAACAGCAGUUUGGACCUAUCCUGCGUGGGGAUCAGUGAGGAAUCGGAACCCUGCUUCCGACCAGUCUGUAAUGAUACUGGACUUUGGGACCAAUGGUCGUCCUGGUCAGCUUGUAACUCGGAUAACAUAGAGUUCCGACAUAGAGCCUGUCUCGAAGACUCGUCAGAUGGAUGCCACGGCCAAAACGUUGAAGUGCAAUCCUGUUUUUACUUGGGAGAAGGCACCAUGCUGAAGUACACAUCAAUGGGUUACAGGCGCGAGUACACGCUCAUCCACUUGACAGUCAUCGGCUGCGCAGCUUUUUUUAUGGGUGUGGUGAUUUGUGUCGGGAUCUACAUCUGCUUUCACAACUGGAAGAGUAUCAGGCGAUACGACGUACAGAAACCUGGAAAAGAUAACGUAUACGACAAGCCUCGGUUUGGAUCUUUUGCGUCACAACUCAGUUUGGAUUUUUUGACUGUCAACAAUAAAGUCUACGAUUCGUGUACUUUAUCAUCACGUGGUACAGCUGUAAUCAGAGACAGCACAUUUAAAAAGGACAAGUAUAAACAAUUGUCAGAUAAUAUGUAUGCAACAAUACGGACUAAUUAUUCCUUAAGGACAGAAGUUUAGUAGUGAUGUCGAUACAAAGCAUCGCAAGAGUUUGAAUCGAACACACGGAUUACAAGGAGGAAUAACACACCAAAGAAAUCGAAUAUGAAUGGAAAGUGGAGGAUAUGUACAAUCAACAUUUUGAAAUUGAAAAUUUUCAAAUUUACCUCAUUUAGUAAAAAAAAAUGCAGUUUUCAUUCUAGUUCAGCCAUUUUGACGAUGUACUAUAUUCAUCCUUAAUCAUCAUGUACAUUUCACAUUGUAUAUAGUGUAUAGUCUCCUUAAUCAUCAUGUACAUUUCACAUUGUAUAUAGUGUAUAUAGUUUUUCAUAUUGUAUGUAAAUUGCAUACAGUAUCGAAUUCAGAAGUGAAAUAUUUCCGUCAAUUUCAAAAUCUUACUUUACAAGAUGUUUAGAUAAAUUCCUGUUAUGUAGAAGUCUCGAUGCCAUUAGUAUGUUCAUCGUUUCUUAGUCUCGUCCAGACACGUUUACAACAGGGUAUAUGUCUCUGGACUCAACUGAUGCAUUUAUAUAAGAAUUAGAAUCAACCUAAUUUAUUAACAUUUUUCACACAUGAUAUAUAUAUUGUCUUGUUUUCAGUUUCUUGUUGUUCGAUGGAAUAUUAUUUAUUUAUUACUCGAGAAGAAACAUGUACGGUUUGGCCAGGUUCUCUUCUUUCUGACGAUUUUCAAAUCAAAUGAAUACUCCUGAUUUGUGGUGUCCUCUGAACUUGUAAAAAAAAAAACUGCUGCAACACAAAAAGGGGCGUCGCCUCAGCAACACAUCAUCAUUGUUAUUAUUUAAACCAUUCUGGAAUACAAAUUUUGUAACACAAAACUCACUUUGACGUUGAUCUAAGACCCCCUUCCAAUCCACAAUCCUUGUAGCAAGUAAAUUAGUCUGAAUUUGACGAAAAUUUAAUUUAUACCAUUUAUGACCUUGACAUGUGGUGUAUAGAUCAGACAUCAAUGGUGAUUGUCCAUUCCUCACUUACCGCCUCUGAAGCUAUUAGCACCAGAAAAUAGAAUGGAACUCUUCAUUCAUGUACAAGAUGUCGAUACAUCCGAUUACUGACCUCGCAUGACCUUCAUUUUUUUACCUAGAAAUAGCAUCUACUGUGGUGUCCACAGUAUUAUUGAUUUCAGUUACUGGUUUGACUAGAACUUUUUCUUUUGAUCUGUCAUCACCUUGCUAAGUACGAGAUUGAACUCUGAAGUCGCACCGUACUCGUAAAAUUGUUACAUUGUGUGUUUGAUUACUGACUGUGACCUUCCCCUUUCCACUUGUCACCUCUGUACCACAUUAAAAGAUGGUAAAUUUUAAGAAUCACAACAGCAGGGUCAAGGUGAGCUAUGUGACCCAUGGGCCUCUGGUUUUACAUAUUACAUGUGGGUAUUUAUGUCAGAUUGAAAGAUUAGAGAUUUUAUUGAGUUCUAAAUGAAAUGGUAAAUCUGGUAGGUUUAUUGCUGACAUAAUAAGAUUAGUAUAUCCUGAUCACAUAAAAAUGGGAUCUUUACAAUGUUUAGCAUGUAUUAUGGGGGUACAUAAAUGUAUAAAGCAAUGGAAGUAUGAAGUAAUUAUUGUUCUCAUGCCCCCUACUACAUAUGUACAAACAACUAGACAUUUAGACUUUUUAUUUUGUAAUUUGUUUCUUUUCCCCAAAAAUACAUUUUAAGGUCAAUUAAUUGUGUGUCAAAUGUAGUUUUUUUCCCCAAUGAAACAUCAAAGUUUAAUUACUGACAAAACAUUGGUAAAUGGAACUAUAUCAACAAUGUAAAUUUAAUAUGACCAAGAUCUACAUGACUGAAAUCAAAAGCAUCUCUAGCUGUUGCAAAUUAUACCACUGAGUGUAGUCAGUACCCAUAAUAUAUAUAUGUUAACCUCAAAGUUAACGUAAAAUAUUAGGUGUCAGUAUAUUUUGAUCGAUUUUUUUUUUUUUUUAAAUUCAGUUCUAUUGGACAAAAAUGACGCACCACUAACUUAACGCACCACUAAAUGGAUGCAUUAACAUCAAUUUUCAAAUUCUGAAAGUGUGUCUGAACAAUGACAACAAUUUUUUAAUUAAUCUAUUUUUGAAUUCCAUAGUCAAAAUUUAAAAUAUGGGCAAGGACCUGGACAAAUCGUACAUUUCUUUAUAAUCUAUAUAUACAUGUAUGUUACCUGCAAACUGUAUGGAGAGGACGGACAGUGUGAAAGCAAGGGGGAAAGCGGGAGAGAGAGAAAAUGAAUGAUAGGCAGACCUUUCCAGUCCACCCCUUCCCCUGUGUGGUGUGUUGAAGAACAAUGGUGCACCUGUGUUAGUGUUUUUCAUUCAAUCUAAUUUACAUUUUCAAUAUCACAUACAUGUAUAAAACAGUUUUGUUUGAAAAAUAAAACGGUUUACCAUAUCA